CGCAUCGUAUUUUCGUCAUAUGCAUAUUCGUCAUGUAGCAAGAUACAGAGGCAGCAUAUCUAGAUCUGCAACCUGAAAACUUAAAAGUUGUACUGCACUACAUAGUAAAACGGAAUAGAAAGAUCAGAUUCUCAAGGUCUGAACAUAAGAGCUGGGAAGCUUGAGGUUUUCUUAACUCACAUGAUUGAUGUGGGCAAGCGGUUGACUUGAUUCUUGGCGUUACAUUUCAUUUCUUUGGAAAGGGGAUGUAGUAGAACUAAUAAAGUGUCUUAUUCGAAUUGAACAAUUGUCUUUGAAAACACUUAUUGAAGUCUACUCACUUUCGAAAUUUGUUUUGACCACCUCAGCGUGUCUCUAAUCAGUGAACGCCAUGACUUCCAACUUUGUUUUCGGUGGUUCUGGAGUACAGAAUACUAAUAUGCUGUCUUAUACCUUGAAAAACUUGUCGCUUGCAUCUAAUCAAGCCGCACAGGUAAAUUUAAAAAAUUAUAACCGUUCUCCUGUUGGAAAUUAUUGUUAUCUCUGACAGAGUGAUCAAAAUGCCAACUCGGGUAUGCCUCCGUCUACUGCACAGUUUGCCUUCACUCGAUCAGUUCCUGCGAUAUCCGGAGAAUGUACAACCCCAAGUUCUCAUCGUCAACCUCUCAGUCGUUUAACAGGGGUGCCAGAUUUCUUGUCCCUGAAUUCUGGACCAACGAGCAAUAGACCAUCUGUAUUAUCUACAGUAUCUGUUUCAAAGACUCCUCUCACUCCUCAAAACGGUCAUCUUGCAAAAGCUCCUGAAAGAGUAGCUCUUUCAUCAAAAGCAGUGGUCCCUGGAAACCAUGGAUUCGCCAGUAUUUUUCGUGGCCGAACUCCUGGUGUUUCCUCCUCACGUAUACUUUCCAACCUGUCAGACAGUCAUCAGACCCCCCUGAACUCUGACAUGUGUUCAGCCUUUCUUUCCAGUCGAUUUGGCGGCACAACUAAUGAUGGUCUUUCAGGAGAUGGAAUAUUUAAUUCGAAUGUUACCCAGUCGAAUUCACCCACUUCUUCAUUCGAUAAUAUGUUGGCUUCCUCGCAUUCAUUUGAAAACUACUUACCACCGACUUUGAGAGCACCAGGUCAAUCUGAGCAGUCACCGAUUCAAAACUCUAUGGGUUCUCUAAACUCUUGCCAGUCUGAUGUACCACUGCCUUCCGAUAUGCGACCUGACAUUCACUUUACCGCCUUCAGUGAUUCUCAUUGUGUUCUUCCCAUCACUGCUUCGCAGUAUUAUUCAAACCAUCAGUUCGAAAACACAAGAAAAUUACAAGCUUCUGGUGGUCUCCAAGUUGCGCCAUGGAUUCUUGUUCCCCCAGUUCCUGAAGGCACUGCAGCUCAUAUGAGGACAGGAAGAAUUCAUGAAGUUAAGUCCAAUUCUCUCAACAACCCUGCAUCUGGUUCCACUGUAAUUGAUGACGAUUUCAAACAUGCACUGCACAACAAACUUCAAGCCUGUUUGUUCACAGCUGAUGAAUCCACAAAGGAAAAAUUGCCUUGCAGUUUAGGGGCAUAUACUGACCUCGUUCCUCUCGAAGUUCUGGAUCAGCCCCGGGUAUCUGUUACAUUUGGGCUUGCUGGAGUUUGUUUCAAAGCUUGGUCUCCUAGAUUUAAUCGUUAUAUGCUUCUUAGACGUGUAGUUUUACCACCUGAGCAUGAAGCAGCUUUAGCUCCUGAUGCUUAUUAUCUAGCUAAGCAGCUCUCGGAGCUGGAUCAUCCCUCGAUUGUUGGAUUUCGAGAUGUUUUCUUCACUGAUGCAUUUGCUGAUAACUCUGUUGUCUUGGUGUAUGAGUAUAUACCUUGCUCCUCAACCUUACAACAACUCCAUAUGAGUGAUCCCAUGAAAGUAACCAGUUUCACUUCACCCUUCACUAUUGGUCGUACAGUUUUACCUCAUAGUGCUGUGAAGAAUGCUCCAACUGAUCUAGGAAUGCUCCAAGAGUCUGUUUUAUGGUCUUAUUUAAUCCAAUUAACCGGUGGUUUACGUUUUAUUCAUCAAACAGUUCGUCGAUCAUGUGGUAUAUUGGAUCCUACUAAAGUGUUACUACAAGAUGGUCCACGUUUACGAAUCAAUUGCUUUGGAUUAAAGGAUAUUUUGUUCUAUUCUGCUCAAGAUACCAAUGUGGUGGAAAACCAGGCAGCUGAUUUCAUACAGCUUGGCAAAUUGAUGUUAGGAGUGGCUUGUGGCACAGUUGCAGCUGUACAAGCUAGUCAACGAGCUUCUACCUUCAAUUUACUGCAACGUGCUUAUCGACCAGAAUUGGUUACUCUUAUUCGAAGCCUUGUAUCAGGUCAGAUAUCUGGGGCUGAUCAACUAAUGCGAGCUACUGCACCAUUUGCCUUUGAUCACUUGACAAGGUUGUAUGAUAAUUCUGACUUUUUAGAAAGUCAAUUAUUAUCGGAAUUGGAAUGUGACAGACUUUUCCGACUCAUCUGCAAAUUACAAUCUAUCGUGGAGCGUUGCGAUCAGGGUACAUCCCCCGAAUGGUCUGAAACCGGUGAUCGUUAUAUGUUAAAAUUAUUCCGAGACUUUGUAUUUCAUCAAUCUGAUCCUCUUGGUGCUCCAUACUUAGAUCUUGCGCAUAUCACAACCACACUGAACAAGGUUGAAGCUGCAUCACCUGAACGCCUUUGUCUUGUCAGUCGUGAUAGUCAAAAUGUAAUAAUUGUCACAUAUGCAGAUAUUAAACAAUGGUUAGAUACAAGUUUUUCUUACUUAGUGGAUAAACAUCGUCAAAGUCGAUGUGAAUUACAACUUACUCGCCAACGACACGCUCAUCAUCAUCAACACCAACAACAGGAGGUCUCCAGUCAUUUACCAAAUAUUCCUGGAAGUCAAUAGCUAUUACAGUAACAGUAAUGAUGAUAAUAUUAUUUCUACAAGAAUCGUACGGUUGAAUUCUGUGAAGUUUAUCUGUAACAAUGCACUGGAUAUGUCUUUUUGUCUUCCGUUCUUUUCACUUGGUGAAUCCUGCAAUCCAAACUUAACAGCCUGUCCAUAUAUUUAUACAUAUUCGAAGAUAUUCUUUUCUGAAGUACAAAUGGUGUAUUUCUUUUUUCAGUCUUCAUUUUGUAUUACUUCUGUUGACUGACAGUAUUAUUGUUUCUUUAUGUUUUCCUUUGCCAACGUUUUUGAAAUAUUUUCCAGUGCUUUCUUUCAAUAAAAAAAAGAUGAUUAUUAUUUCUUAUCUUUAAUUCGUUUUUAGUUGCUAGUGUACAGCUAAUUAGAUGACUGUUUGCAUAUCACUGUUGGCUCUUACCACCGUUGUUAUUAUAACGGUAUGUUAUCAUUGUUACUUUACCGAUCGCUGCACUAGAUUGAAAAGUUGGGCAUUCAUUAUACAAGACAUGAUGUCAUCCUGCUUUAUUGGAUAAACCUGGUUGUUAUCAUGGUCAUUGUUUUUUCUCACAAACCGCUAAUAUGUUCCGUGUUUUUUUUUCUUAUCUUUUACCACAUGCAGCUUGUUCUCAUGUAAAUGAAACCUCUUGCAUGCCGUUCUCACUUACAUAGAAGAAUUUUGCAUUUCUGUUUUGUUAUCGUUAUUGCUAUUAUUACUGUUAUCAUUUUUAUACUUUUGUGGUCUGAGAGUAUUUUAAUGGCGACAGAGUAAUUAGAAAAUGAUGUUUGUAUUCGUCCCCUUUGUUUCUUUAGAUCGAUCCUAUGGCUUUAUUUUUUAUCGUUGUGUGAAUAUUAUAUAACAUCUGGUUCUAAAGCGUUAGAACUUAAUGAGCGUUAUAGGACGGGAGUCCAUUCUAGAAGCGACCAAAGACGAAAACGCCUUGAUAUUAUCCGUCCUGUGGAUCUUUCUUGUUCUUUUUUAAAUGCUUAUUCGUCAAUUCCUAGUUCUUCUUCUCUUUUUAUCUCUCUUUAUGAGACACAAUUGUUUUAGUUGUUGUGUGAAUCUGAGGACAUUUUUUUCUUUUGUAAAAUUGUACCUACUACUGAUACAACUAUUAAAUGUUCAUUAAACUAUAUUGAAUAAACCGUACUAAAUACAAUAAAAGCGUAUGAAAACCAUA